AUGGCUGGGCACAUCGGGUUCUAUGCUCUGCGCAGAACAGAUGUGACAGCAGGUUCCAACUGCUGGAUCUCGCCCCCUAGUGGCCGUUGCCUGAGCUGCUGCAUCGUCCAAUACUGCAUCUGGGACGAGCGGGGGGCCGGGCGGCGGGGCCGUGGGGAGCAGCAUAGAGGGGACGUGGGGGGCCCGCCCAGCCCCCCCCCGGCACUCCCGCUGCCUCUCCCGGCAGGCGGCUGCUCCCCGCUCUGGCUGGCGGUGCCGGCUGGCCCCGUGGCCGCGCUCCCCGGGGGCACGGCCCUGCUCCCCGCCGCCCUGCGGCUCCCGGCCCCGCCGCCCGCGUCCUUCCAGGUGCGCUGGCGCUUCCAGCCCACGGGCCGCCUGGUGCUGCUGCUGGCGGCCCGGGGCUGCGGCGGGGCGGCCCCCUGGCGCCAGUCCUGCCGCCUGGCCCUGGAGCGCGGCCGGGGCUACGAGGGCCGGGCCGGCCUGGGCCCCAGCGAGGCCUCGCUGCUGCUGCGGGACGCCCGGCCCGAGGACGCCGGCCCCUACCGCGUCAGCCUGCUGGGCCUGGACGUGCAGGCCGCGGCCGAGGUCAACCUGACCCUGGCCCCCGCCCCAGACCCCAGUCUCCCUACAGACCCCAGUCUCCCUACAGACCCCACCACCGUCCUGCCUCCCACCUCGCCAGCACCUGCCAGCAGCACCGAACUGCAGGGGGGCACGGCGCCACCCCUCGCCCCGGUAUGGGCCACGCUGGAUGGAGGGGGAGCUGUGGUGCCCAAUGCUGUCCGGCUGUGCCUAGCGGGCCUGGUUCUCUGCCUCCUGGUGCUGAUCGUGGGCGAGUAUGUUCUGUCCAUGAGAAACAAGGACACCUCGGGGACAGGUUCACCCCCAGAUGCUGCUGCAACCGUCAAGACACUGUCGACGAUAUACGUCCUCCAAGAGAUGCCCAUACCAGAUGGCUCAGAGGAAUUAUAUGCCAGCCUAAGUUUCUGAUCCUGCUGUAUGAUUGCACACACGUGCUGCCGUUUCUCCUCUCAAACCCGCACUUACUGUCAUCAUUAGGUGGAAUUGUGUUCCUGCAGCAGUGAGUUCCACCGGUUGCUGCCACACUGCUUAGUAACCUGAGACACUGUGGUGAAGUCCAGUGCAAGCCUGCAUGCUCUCUGCCUGAACAGUCUUUCGUUUAAGAUUGGAAGGGGCUGAUGAGACGAGAAAGAACAGACGUCAAGCUCCCAGGUGAGAGCCCCACCUGGUGUAAAUGUGUGUCGCUUUGCUGGAGUCAGUGCGGCCAGACCCCCAGCAGGUGUGACUCAGCCGUCGCUUCAUUGCAAUCAAUGGGGCCAGAUCCCUGCAGGUGUGAAUCAGUAUUGCUCCGUUAGAGACAAACACACCAAAUUCCCAGCUGGUGUUACUUCGCAUCAUGUCGCUGAAGCUAGCUCAGACCGGUGGAUCCACAGAAGCUGGAAUUUCCCAUCCCCCGCCCUCCUUCGCUUUUAUCACGGAAGAGAAGAGCGUGAUACAUUAGCCAAUACUUUCUUCCUCAUUUUCAUUUCCCCCUCGCGUUUCCCACUGCAGACUAAAGCUGCCCAAGCUUUAAGCAUAAUAUCACAUGGGAUCUUCUUGCAUUUUGUAGUCACCCCACAUCCUGUUUGGGUCACCAGUGAGAUUUGGAUCCAGGGACCAGACAAAAAUUCCCUCUGAUAACCACUGGGAGGAAUUAUUUGGCCCGGGUUAGACUAGAUGACUUCAUUUUCCCUUCUGGCCUUAAAAUCUAUGGGUCUUCGACACCUUGUGUUGUCAUUUACACUAGAGCUGGGCAAUUGAUUUUUCAAGUUGGUGGCAAGCCAGAAAAUCGGGGGAGGGGCAGGAACUUUGUUUAGGGCUUUGAAAGUGAAAUGUUGUGACAUUUUUGUUGAAUCAAAAAGUUGGGGGAAAAAUGUCAUUCGGGGUUGAACGAGAUCUGCAUGCGUUCAAACAGGAAUUCAUUCAGCUUUAGGCUGUGUUAUGCAGGAGGUCAGCUUGGAUUAUCACCACCUUGCCUUGGGAUCUGUGAAUUUCUGGAUCUAUGAAAUCUUGGAAUCUAUGAAUUUCUGGAUCUAUGAAGUUGUCACAAUCAAACAAUUCACCUUUUUCAGAUUUUUGUGGGUUUUUUUGAGGUUUUAGUUUUGGUUUGUGACAGAAACAAUUGGCCAAAAUCGACAAAAAUUCACGAAAUGUUUCGGUUGAGCCAAUUCUGCUUUUUUUGCGCCGAAAAGGUUUCGGUUGAAAAUUUUUGCCUAGCACUAAUUUACACCAGUCGGUGUAACACUUUGCCAUUGUUGGUGUUCCACGUGCAUUUUGCACAACGCAAGGUGCAAGUCGAGGGGGAAGGAGGCCUCAAUGGACCUUCAUUGUUUAAGCGAAAGCUGUAACUCCCCUAGCUGAUGGGCUUUUAUCCUCUACUAAUCCCUGAAUGAGAACAGAGUUAUACCUUGUCCUAGAGCAGAGUACACAGACAUAAUUAGAGUUAGCUAUUUUUUGAAUUACAAGUUUUUUUUUCCUCUGCAAAUUGGUCUUUUUAAAGAAAAUGAUACUUUUUGCGGGAAAUGGUAUUUGGCAAAAUUUUCCGUAACACUUUUCACCAAUAUUUUAAUGAAGAUUUUGUUGAGGUUUGAAUCAAAAUGAUUCUAGCAAGGCUUCGUUUGUUGAAAGGUGUGUUUUCAGCCCAUCGCAGUAACAAUGAGCUCUGAAAUCAUGCAGCAGUGGCCAGGUGUAACCGAGAUCAUUAACGGCACUUUAGCCUAAUGGUAAGGGUUGGUUGAAAAUUUUCCAUUGAAGUUGUUCUCCGGAGUGAAAUUGGGCUUUUGACAAGAUGAAAUUUUUCGCAAGCAGAGUCUGUUUUCUGCCAAAAAACUUAGAUUUUCCUUGAAAAACCCAAGAGCCCCCAAAAUGAAAUAUUUUCAUUCUGGAAUGCUGCUGCAGUGAUGCCUCAUGGGAGCUGUCAUUCAGGUGCAUCCCACUGCCAUUCUCCUCUGUAGACUGGGCUUCCUAGUCGAACUUCAUCUCCCAUGGUGCAGCGACCUCUGUGGUGCCCAGCACUCGCUCACCAAGAGGGAAGACCGUGGUACAUCAUGGGAGAUUGUGACGUACGCCUCUGGUGUUAUCUGGACCGGUGAUCUGCUAGGCCACUCCAAUCCUUGACUCUGGGAGCCAGCCUUACCCUGCUCUGCUGUGAGAACCCCCACUCCUGGGCCGUUCACGCACAGCUUCUGGCAUGUAAGCUGCUCCUUGGAUUGUGCAACCAAAUGACGCUAGCCAACCUCCGUCUUGCAAUGUCCAGUUAUGCCCGAUGGACGCAACAAGCUUAUAUGAGUUUGUCAAUUUAACAAACAAAUUGAUAUGUACCAGGCUUGUUAUCCCAAGGGGAGUCUCUGACAGGCUGCAAACCAAAUGCACUGC